AUGGCUUCUUCAUCAGAUGAAACGUACGAAAGUGUUGGCCUCGUCAAACCAGAGGUUUAUGUCUAUGUAAUACCGCCGCGUCAAUCAACAACACGUAAACAUCGUGCAGCUGACUGGAAAUUAGACCAACCAAAUUUUAUUUGUCGUUUAAAAGUCAUAUCCAAAGCUGAUCAAUGUCUUAUUCGUUUAGAAGAUCGAAAUACAGGUCAACAUUUUGCCACAUGUCCAGUUGAAUCUUACCCGUCGAUAGCAGUUGAGAAUGUCGAAGAUUCUACAAGAUAUUUUGUUAUUCGUGUUCAAAACGAUAAUGGUCAACAAGCAUUUCUUGGCAUGGGUUUUAAUGAUCGUAGUGAUUCAUUUGAUUUUAAUGUCGCUUUACAAGAUCAUUUUAAAUACUUAAAACAAGCAAAACAAAUUGAACAAGAGCAAAAACAUCCUGAACAGGUCACUGAUCGACAACCAAAAUUAGAUUUGAGUUUCAAAGAAGGACAGACAAUAAAAAUUAAUUUGAAAAGUGGCGCAACGGGCAAUGAAACAGAACGUAAAUCAGCAGUUCAAAAGAAAAAUGUAAUUAAUAGCGGAGAUAACAAUAUUGCCCUACUACCACCACCACCUGGUUCAACAAUUCCAAAACUCACACCACCACCAAAAGCACCAACAUCAGUUACUAUGCCAGUAGCAACUGAACAACAGCCGAAACAGGAAGUUAUUCCUCCAUCAACUACAAACAACAAUUCGAACAUUCAUUCUGAUCUAAGUUGGAUGCAAUUUUAA